AGAGACAUUUUAUUUAAGAAAAAAAACAUGAAUGUUGUCGUGUUCUAUUUCUUAAACAAAAUGCGGGACUUUUAUUAUGGUAUACCGUCUCUCUGAGCCGGCUAUCCCUGCUUGUCACCGACCGGCACGCCCAGGACACGCACUAACCCGUUUGCUCAUAGAUUUACUCAUAGCUCUGUCUUUUAUCGCACUUUUGAAAUGAUCAAAAACGGACACCACGAUUCUAAGGAAUCUGGAGGAGCGCUGUCUCAUCGAGAAUCCCCCGCCUGUGGUCCCGAGAAAAGGAAGCGUGUAGUUCGGGUAUGGUGCGAUGGAUGCUACGACAUGGUCCACUAUGGUCAUUCGAACCAGCUGCGGCAGGCCAAGGCGAUGGGAGACCACCUCGUGGUGGGUGUUCACACAGACGAAGAGAUCUCGAAGCACAAGGGUCCACCCGUGUUCACGCAGGAGGAGCGCUACAAGAUGGUGAGGGCCAUCAAGUGGGUGGAUGAGAUAGUGGAGGGAGCGCCUUAUGUCACAACGCUGCAGACCCUUGACAAGCACAACUGCGACUUCUGCGUGCACGGAGAUGACAUCACAUUAACGGUGGAUGGAAGGGACACGUAUGAAGAGGUGAAGCGCAUGGACCGGUACAGGGAAUGUAAGCGCACGCAGGGUGUAUCCACCACAGACCUCGUGGGCCGGAUGCUGCUGAUGACAAAAGCUCAUCACACCAACAUGGAUAACUCAGAUUACCAGCAACACGCCGGUAACUUGGGGAAAGGUCCUAAAGGCCAUAGCCCUUGGACGGGUGUGUCCCAGUUCCUCCAGACCUCGCAGAAGAUCAUCCAGUUUGCCUCAGGCAAAGAACCGCAGGCUGGCGACACCAUCAUAUACGUGGCCGGGGCAUUCGACCUCUUCCACAUCGGCCACGUGGACUUCCUGGAGACGGUGUUUAGACAGGCAGAGAGGCCUUACAUAAUCGUUGGACUGCACUUUGACCAGGAAGUGAACCGCUACAAAGGGAAGAACUACCCCAUCAUGAAUAUCCAUGAGAGAACACUAAGCGUGCUGGCAUGUCGGUACGUGUCCGAAGUGGUGAUCGGGGCUCCUUACGCUGUGGGGAAAGACCUCUUGGACCACUUUAAGGUGGACCUUGUGUGUCACGGCAAGACAGAGGUGCUCCCCGACAAGGACGACACGGAUCCGUACGCUGAGCCUAAGAAGAGGGGAAUAUUUCGCAUGAUCGACAGUGGGAACGGCCUCACGACUGACAUCAUUGUGCAGAGAAUCAUUGAGAACAGGCUGCAGUUUGAGGCGCGGAACCAGAAGAAGGAGGCGAAGGAGAUUGCCGUGAUCCAAGCCCUGAAGCGCAGGGAGGGCGGGGAGAAGAGCCGGCCAGCCGCACAGUAAUAAACAACCAAACAAAAGGGAGAAAACCACAGGCUUGAUCCCAAACGUCACUCUCCUCAUCCUCUUCUCGUCCUACGUCAGAUAUCCGCGGUCCCGUUCAGUUCCUAUCAAACUACUUCUAAAGUAGCUCAAUAACAUUUUUGUCCAUUAGGGGAGAAAUGGUGCCUCUGAGCUGAAAGAGCCCCAAUUAUUUUUGUUCCAGCCAGCAUUUUGUUCCUUUAUUAGGCAGAAAUCGCCACUUGUAUUUGAACUCAGAGCUCCGCUGGGCUGUCUUUAAAGUUGCAGGUUGGUGGGGGGAAGUUGAGUCGAAAUAAUUGUAGAAUUUGAUUCUGUUCGAUGGAGCCAGCAUUGUACGAUCGGACAUUUCUGAAUUGUUUUAGGAUGCCUGUUAAACGGGUAGAAAUGGUAGUCUUUAGUCUCUCUGUCGGGGAGGUUUGUCCAAUCCUUUCAUUUUUUAAAAACUCCGCUACAGUAAUCUCAUGCAGUCCCUCAUUUUAAGUGUUUUUCUUCCUCCUUGGUCUUAAUCGGCCCUGCGCUAGCAUGGGAAACGUGCUAACCACCCCGUCUCUGGUUUGCUUUGGAUGCUUUGGAAAGUUUCUCAUGUUUUUCUGCAGGAACACUGAUGUAGCACCAGCACCUCCGCCAGCCUCAUUAUGGUUAGCAAUUUUAGCGAACUUGGAGAUCGCUAAAGUUGCUAAUGAUGAAAAAAGGCUAAUGGGGAUCAGUCAGCAUGACCUCAUUUGCUAUGCCAGUUAUGAUGAAGGGCAUUUUGGCUUUUUGUUUCAUUCCUCUUGCUCCUCACGUGACCUAUAGGCUGUUUUUUAAAGCUCAGGUGACAGUGAAGUUCCCGGAAGCUGGAUAACAAUGGGAACUUUUCACACACGCUGCCACCGCACACUGACACCGUUUAAAUUAGCAACAUAACAUGUUAUUUAUUUGCAAAGGUAUAUUGAGGAAAAGAUUUAACUUCCUCAAUGUUUCUUUUCUGGAAACCUCCUUUCAUAAACAACGUUAGUUAUUGGAAGCUUGCUUGAUGUAGCUGUUGGACCCUCUGGUGGUUCCAGACAAUGCUGAUGAUUUCAUCUUUAAAGCAGAACAGUCUGAUCAUGUUCAUAAAAUUACAGGUAAACCUUUUUGGAGAUGAAAAGGUUUAGUUAUUCGCGUGAAUUGAUGAGGCUAUAUCUUUAUUCGGUUUCCAAAAGGAAACUACUUUAGACAAGGAAACUUUAAAAGAGUUCACUUACAACGGCAUGGCGGGAGAAGUGCAUGCGUGUGCACCAAUCUCGUAGGUGUGGAGUACUCUCUUCUCCAGCCGUGCACGUAAGACUGUGGUGGUCAGUACCUAAUGUGAAGAAACCAAGCCAGUCUGGGCGAGUGAACGUUAACCUUAUAAACUUGCCACAAGAGCUUUGGCUCCUGGCACUACGCUGUUCUCAGGUAUUUACCAGCUUGUAUUUUAUAAUACGUUUGUUUGAGUCAGCCUGGUAUCGAGUGUCAUUUUUAGUCAAUAAGUUUUUAAUAUACUAUAGGCUAAUGUUUUUAAGACCUUUUGUAGCUCCUUGGAUACAAUUUUCUAUAGACAAAUGAGGUGUAUUUUUUUUUUUUUUUUUUAAAUUAUUGUGGUCCUUCCAUGCCUGUUUAUAAAAAUGAGUAGUAACUAAUACAUAUAAUUGUUGAAAGAAUGUUAUAUUCUAAUGUGUGUCUGUAAAAUGGCCAUUCAUUUAAUCUUGAUGUCCCCUCUUCAAACAUAAAGACUGAUCCCAUAAUUACAUGAAUAAACCAUUGACCUUAAAAUUCUGA